UUGUGUACAAACUGAUAACACAGAAUGUAGUCGUAAUGAAAAAUUGUUCAACUAGUAUUUAUACUGGUUUUAGUUUAGUUGACGUGUUUAUAAUUAAUAAAAUUUAAGUUGUUGUUUAUUGUACAUUCAUAAUUAAUUACUAAUACAGACUUAUAGACUAUAGUUUAAAAAAUAUGUCUUCGAAGAAAGGGUUUUUUUCUAUGAAUACAUUGAAACAAUUUGAUGCAUUUGCUAAACCAUUAGAAGAAGUUCAAAUAAAAACUGUAUGGGGUGGAAUCGUUUCUUUGGUUUGUUUUCUAACCAUUGUUUUUUUGAUGGUGUCAAAUUUAGUUGAAUAUCUUGACAACACUCCCACUGAAGAACUUUUUGUUGACACAUCACGAAAUAAAAAGUUACAAAUAAAUUUUGAUAUUGUUGUUCCUAAGAUAUCUUGUGAUUUUCUAGUUUUAGAUGCAGUUGAUAAUUCAGGUGAAACACAUCUGCAGGUUGAUCAUAAUAUUUAUAAACGAAGAUUAAAUUUAGAAGGACAACCAAUUAGCGAUCCUGAAAAGUCUGAUGAUGUUGGCAGUAAAAAAACAUUAAAUCCUGCGUCCACCUUAAAAUCAAAUGAAACAGAUAAUGCUAAUAAUACUGAAGCACUUUGUGGAAGCUGUUAUGGAGCAGAAAGUUCAACUAUUCCGUGUUGUAAUACAUGUGAUGAUGUUAAAAGAGCUUACAAAAUGAAAAAUUGGGAUUUCCGUCCUUUAAGUAUAGAACAAUGCAAGAAUCAAUCAUCUCAAAAUGAAAUGUAUGACAAAGCAUUUAAAGAAGGUUGUCAACUGUAUGGUACACUACUGGUAAAUAGAGUUAGUGGAAGUUUUCAUAUUGCUCCAGGAAUGAGUUUUUCGUUUAACCAUAUGCAUGUUCAUGACGUACAUCCAUUUUCAUCUUCAUCGUUUAACACAACUCACACUAUAAGACAUUUAUCAUUCGGUCAAAAAUUGGAAUCAAUUAAUACAAGUCAUGAUCGUAAUCCAUUGGACUCAACUGAAUCUAUUGCUGAAGAAGGAGCAACAAUGUUUCAGUAUUAUAUAAAAAUUGUUCCAACUCUCUAUCAAAGAAGAGACCUAUCAAUAUUUUCUACCAACCAGUUCUCAGUGACCAAACACAAGGUUCAAGCAUUUGAUAAAGGUCCAUCAGGCGCCCCUGGAAUAUUCUUUAGCUAUGAAUUUUCACCUAUCAUGAUCAAGUUGACUGAAAAGCCAAGGUUACUAGGGCAUCUGUUCACUCAGUUUUUGUGCAAUAUCAGUGGAGUUUUUAUAUGUUUUUGGAUUAUUGAUAUAUUUAUGUACAAAGUAUCUAAGGUGUACAAUAUACGCAAGAAACAAUUACCUAAUUCUAAUAAUUAAAAUGUAUUAUUUUCUGUAAUAUCAGUGGCAUACUUUAGGAUAUUUAGGUGAGUGGCUUAACAACAGUUGAUCCUUUAGUUUUUUUGUUACAACAUAAAUCAAUUUUUAUAUAAAAUAGAUAAAGAGGAAAGGUGAACGUUUUUGUAGAUGUAACUCUCGUACCCUUUGAGUAUGGCCCACAAUAAAUAGUUAUUAAACAAACAAAUCAAUAUGUAUAUCUUUGUAAUACCUAGUAUUGAAUACAGUUAUAAUAUAAUAAUUAGAAUCAAUAAAAAAAAUACAUUUUGUUCUAAUUAAUUUUGAAUUUAGUAUUAGAUGGGGGGGGGGGGGGGUAAGGUUAAGCACACUAUUUGUUUUCGCUCUCUCGUCCACGCUCAAUAACAGUCCACACAACAGUAAGGAACACCUUUCAUAACUGUGGAGAAGACACAUGUGACCUUUGAUAUCGGCUCGUUAAUUGUUACUUUAUUUUAUGUGACAGAUUUGAUUUAAAUAACGUUUUUCCUUCUUAUGGCCUCGACUUUUCUUACAUUAAUAAUACUCUUUUCUCCAAAAAUGUCUCCUUAAUAAAAUAUUUUUAAUUUUGUACUCUAGACAGGUUUAAAAAUGUUACUGUAUGAGAUUUACAUAUGCUUUUUCAUUUAUAUUAUUGUUAUUAUUAUAAUUAUUAUUUUAGGUUUAUAAUGUUAAAAAUGGAGAUACUAUCAAUGCCAGAAUCUCAUUAAUAUAAUAAAAAAAAAACUGAGGAAUUGUUUUUAUUCAGAAACAAUGUUUAAAAUACAGUAAUUAACACCUAACCAAAAUAUGCCACUGAUAAAAAUAAUAAAAUAAAACUAUUAUAUUGAAGUAUAUUUAAUAAAAAAAUUCAACAAA